AUGCCCCAACUAAACCCAAACCCAUGAUUCCUAACCAUACUUGCCACCUGAGCAAUCUUCUUACUAAUUAUCCAACCUAAACUCCUACCGUUCACCCCCACCAACCCCCCCAUAAAUAAAACCAAUACCUCUAACAAAUCCACCCCCUGAACCUGACCAUGAACCUAA